AUGCCCGGGUCCACUGCUGCCGCCGCCGCCUCCGCCGCCUCCUCCACCUCCGCCUCCUCCGCCACCUCCGCUCCCUCCACCACCACCGCCGCCUCUUGCGCCUCCACUGCUGCCGCUACCGCCGCCACCCCCGCCACCACUCACCACCACCCCCACCCCCUCCACUGCCUCCACCACCACCCCACCGCCCCCGCCAUCCCCUCCAGCGCCCUUGCCCCCCUUGCCCUUGCCAGUGCGGCGUCUCCCGCUAGGGGCAGACGCAGCGCCAACCGACUCGAAACCAACGAGGUCGGCCCGCAGCAGCAGAAGCAACAGAGGGCAAGAGGGGGGAGGGGGAACACCCCUCAAAGACGGGGGUGCGAGGGUCACCACGAGAGGCUCCUACAGCAACUAUGCUCUUCUCUGCUAGGAGGCCCUUCUCGAGGAGGUCAACGGUGA